CGACGACAAAGUUCAGCCUCGAGAUCGUUUGAGUAUCCUCUUACAAUCCCCUACCUCCGCUUCUGAAGCACAUGGUCCUCGAAAGAUUCGAGCUCAAGAUGUGACUGGCACCCCUGGACGCCGUCAGUCACUCAAAGGCGAAAUCCAGAUUGUCGUUCUGUCGGCGCACACAUACACGCCUUCCGGACAGUUCUGCUGUGAUCGCGCUCGAGCUUGGCUCCCAUCAGGCACUAUUGAAUCGAAUAAUCCAAGACACUACGCGGUAACAGCGCCGGACCGGCAACGGACCGCUCUCAGGCGAGCGUGUGACCCAUUUAAAUAGUUCCCCACGGGGGGAUAUUGACACCGACACCCAGGUCUCCGGUUUCCCCACACGCCAGCCAUCCGUCCUGAAGAUGUCUGUCACCUCAUCGGACCGCGAGAAGGAACAGAAUGUGAUGGUGGAGAACUACUCCGGAGUCUCCGAUGAGCGUAUCACCUGGCGCAAACGGUUCUUCGGCCGCGCGGACGCUUCGAACGACGCUUUCUACGACGAGGCGCUCGCCAAGUACGGCGCGGAGGGCGCGAUUUCGCCCGAGGCAGAGCGGCGGCUCGUGCGCAAGAUCGACUGGGUGGUGUUGCCGUGCUUGGCUAUGGGAUAUGUGUUCUACUAUGUGGACAAAACAACACUUUCCUAUGCUGCUAUCUUUGGAAUCAAGGCUGCGAAGCCCAAGGGGCUGGGACUCGUCGGAACGGAGUACAGCUGGCUCUCCAGUAUCUUCUACUUUGGCUGGCUCGCCUGGUCCAUCCCCUCAAAUUUGAUCAUGCAGAAAUGCCCCCCGGCCACCUAUCUCGCCAUCAACGUGUUCUUCUGGGGCGUGUUCCUCAUGCUCCAGGCCGUGUCGCACAACUUUGCAACCCUCGCUGCCUUGCGUGUCAUCUCAGGGGCCUUCGAAGCCAUUGCUGAUCCAGCUUUCAUGCUAAUGACUAGCAUGUAUUACACGCGCGAGGAACAGCCAAGCCGGAUCAGCUUCUGGUAUGCAUUCAACGGAGUCGGAGUCGGCAUUGGUGGCCUGCUCGGCUACGGCAUCGGCAAAAUCAAGGGCGACCUCACCAGCUGGCGAUACGAGUUUAUCAUCGUCGGCGCGAUCUGUUCCACUUGGGCGAUCUGGCUGUUCUGGCGGCUGCCGAAUUCACCUGUGUCGAUGGUUUGGCUCACGCGCGAGGAGCGCUUGAUGGCCGUCGCCCGCCUCCGGAAGAACCAGACCGGUAUCGAGAACCGUGAGUUCAAGAUGGACCAGGCGAUUGAGUGCAUGCUCGAUGUCAAGACUUGGCUCUUCCUUCUGCUCGGCUUUGUCGGCAAUAUCCCCAACGGUGGGAUCAGUAACUUCAGCACGCUCAUCAUCCAAGGUCUCGGCUUCAACACUUGGCAGACGACACUGCUUGGAUUGCCUCAGGGCGCGCUCGUCGUCAUCUGGAUCUCCCUCGGGGCCUAUCUCAAUGCUCGUCUUCCUCCCAACAGCAGGACGUACAUCUGCAUGCUAUUCAUGCUUCCCACCAUCGCAGGCUCUCUUGGAUUCCUGCUCGCCCCGGUGCACGCCAGCGGCGGCCGUCUGGUGUGUUACUACCUCACCGGCAGCUACCAGACGUCCUUCGUGAUCGCGCUGUCCAUCAUCACCUCGAACACCGGAGGGCAGACGAAGAAGAUGCUGACGAAUGCGCUGAUCUGGUUCGGCGCCUGCGUCGGCAAUAUCGCGUCUCCGUUCUUCUACCACUCGAAUCAGGCGCCGACGUACCACCUCGGCAUCGGCAGCAUGCUCGUCGCCAACAUUCUUGAGCUCUGCAUCUUCGUUGUGCUCCGGGUUAUCCUGGCACGGGAGAACAGGAAGCGGGAGCAGGCUGCUGCUAACGGCAAGGUUGUCGAGGAGAACGAGACAACGUUCAAGGAUCUCACGGACAAGCAAAACCCCAAGUGGGUCGAGUGUCCGAUCCGCCUUUCUUUCGCUGACUACAUGUUCUUUCAGUUUCCGCUAUGUCUACUAGCUUCCCGAUCAUCAUCUAUUCUCUCACUGUACACUAUCUGGGCUCCCCAGCCCUCUUGUCCGCGUUCGGUCUUCGUCUUCGGUACGCUUAUGUUUCUGGGUCGACCUCAAUUCUGUUAUGACAUCACGAAUGGAAAUUUAAAAAAAAAUGAAUAAAAGUGACAAAGCCGCCUCGAGCGCGCUUGGAUUGCGG